GGAAGCUAUCUCUUUAAGAAGUACACUCCUGUUGCACCGGGAGGCUGGUGUUUUUCCACUCUCACUGAUAUCACACGCGCGCCCGUUAUAAGGAACUGGAGUCCGGAAAAUAAAAAAACGCGUGCGAAUUAUUGUGUUGCGAGCGCUCCGUUACCUACUCUCCGCACAACAAGUAAAAGGCAAGAAGGGAAGGACCGAAGAGCACAAUAAAGUAGUCGACAGCAUGGCCCAAAAAGAGAAGCUCCAGUAUUUGAAGGACUUCCAUAAGGACACGCUGAAGCCGUCUCCGGGUAAGAGUCCCGGCUCGCGGCCAGAGGACGAGGCGGAGGGCAAGCCUGCACAACGUGAGAAAUGGGCAAGCAAGAUGGACUUUCUGUUGUCUGUGGCCGGGGGCUUCGUGGGCUUAGGGAACGUCUGGCGUUUCCCUUACCUCUGCUACAAGAAUGGCGGAGGUGCAUUUCUCAUCCCCUACUUCAUCUUUCUGUUUGGUGGAGGGCUGCCUGUGUUUUUCCUGGAGGUAGCCCUCGGUCAGUACACUUCUGAGGGAGGCAUCACCUGCUGGGAAAAACUGUGUCCCAUUUUCACUGGCAUCGGCUAUGCCUCCAUUGUGAUCGUCUCCCUGCUUAAUAUCUACUACAUCGUGAUCCUGGCCUGGGGGCUCUAUUACCUCCUGCAGUGUUUCCAGCCAACACUGCCCUGGGCUACGUGCAGGCACAGCUGGAACACUGACACCUGUGUGGAGGACACUGUGCGCAAGAACAAAAGCCUUUGGCUGGUGGCUAACGGCACCAACAGCACCAGCGUGGCUGCUGCUACUCUCAACUUCACCUCACCUGUUACGGAGUUCUGGGAGCAUAAUGUGUUGUCCAUCUCCUCUGGCAUUGAUGAGAUUGGCCCCAUCAAGUGGGACCUGGCCCUGUGCCUGCUGGCCGUGUGGGUCAUCUGCUUCUUCUGCAUCUGGAAGGGGGUCAAGUCCACCGGCAAGGUGGUGUACAUCACGGCCACGUUCCCCUUCGUCAUGCUCCUGGUGCUUCUGAUCCGCGGGGUCACACUGCCGGGCGCCUCAGAGGGCAUCAAGUUCUACUUGUACCCUGACCUGGAACGCUUGAAGGACCCAGAGGUCUGGAUCGAUGCAGGAACUCAGAUUUUCUUUUCUUAUGCCAUUUGUCUGGGGGCAAUGACAUCACUGGGGAGCUAUAAUAAGUACAAAUACAACUGCUACAGGGACUGUCUGCUGCUGGGAUGCCUCAACAGCGGAACAAGCUUUGUGUCUGGCUUUGCUAUAUUCUCCGUCCUGGGCUUCAUGGCACAAGAGCAAGGGGUGGCCAUCUCAGAUGUGGCAGAGUCAGGUCCUGGGCUUGCUUUCAUUGCCUACCCUAAAGCAGUAUCAAUGAUGCCCAUGCCGUCCUUCUGGGCCAUCCUCUUCUUCAUCAUGCUGCUGCUGCUGGGAUUGGACAGCCAGUUUGUAGAAGUGGAAGGCCAGAUCACGUCACUGGUGGAUCUGUACCCCUCCCUCCUACGGAAGGGCUAUCGUCGAGAGAUCUUCAUCGCUGUGAUUUGCUUCAUUAGUUAUCUACUGGGGCUCACCAUGGUCACCAAAGGUGGCAUGUUCGUGUUUCAGCUAUUUGACUACUAUGCAGCCAGCGGUGUGUGCCUAUUAUGGGUUGCAUUCUUUGAAUGUAUUGCUGUAGCCUGGGUUUAUGGCGCUGAUAAUUUCUACGAUGCGAUUGAGGACAUGAUUGGAUACAGACCAAACCCAUGGAUGAAAUGGAGCUGGGCUGUGGUCACACCAGUCUUGUGCGUGGGUUGUUUUGCCUUUUCUCUGGUGAAGUACAAGCCUCUGACGUACAACAAGGUGUAUGAAUACCCUCAGUGGUCCAUCGGUGUGGGCUGGACUCUUGCACUGGCCUCUAUGGUGUGCAUCCCAAUGGUGGUGGUCAUCAAGAUCCUGCAGUCCGACGGGUCUCUGAUUGAGCGCAUCAAGGCAGUGGCCGCUCCGGUGGCGGGCUGGGCGAGCUCUCGAACCAAAGAGAACGGCCUGAAGAACAGUGAGCUCCUGCACCCGCUGGACCCCAGCGGCGCCAUCGCGCUCACCAAACCCACCCACACCAUCGUCGAGACCACCAUGUAACGUCGCCCCCGAAACGACACACUCACGCGCCCGUUUCCCCGUCGCCAUCGUAGAAAAAAAAAAUACUUUUUAGCCCUCUCUAUGAGAGAACCCCACAUCCCUCCUUUUGCUUCCCCCUCUUGUGUGUGCCCCCCCCUGCUCCCUAUCAUGCCCCCCCCAGCUAUUCUCUACCUCCCCUUCCCUGCUGAAUUAGGCCCAGGUGUAACUUCUGUGUGUGCACUAGGAAUACUCUGGCUAGUAUUUGUACUAAGGGUCGUGUGUAUUUAUGAUACACUCUUACGUGAUCUUGUGUACUCUGUACUCUCUAGGUUUUUUUUGUUUUUGUUUUUGUUCUCUGGCCUUUUUUAAUUUGUAAGAGAUAGUGUUUCCGUAGUGAGCUUCAUUCUUGGAUAUCAGGCAGUAUUUGCUUUAAACGACUGUGCUGCUUAACCACUUUACUGUAGAAGACUGGAAAGAGUUUGGUGGAGAUGUGGGGAAGUUGUAGGUCGGAAUAAGCAGUAGGGCAGAACUAUAUACCGUAGGUUUCCAGAUAGCUGUGGAAAAGAUUAAUGUCCUCGCAUAGUUUUGUGGCAGUAUAUCCUCGUAACCUGAAGAGGCUGUUUCUGAUUUGUCGUCGUGAUUUUUGAAACUGAAUGUACAGUACCUCCACCUUAACCGGUGGAAGCGCAGUCCAUACACACACAAGACAAACAGACAAAACACACAAGCACACACACACGCACACACACACACAAGCUUCACACCUAAUGAAGUUGGAGCAUCCUCCUGCACACACUUACUAUAGACUGAAUGUAUCAUUUCAGCCUACAUAUUUCAUCAACAUUCGCCUCAUUCGAUGUCAAUGCAACCACCUCCUCUGCUCUCCUCUCUGAAAUACAGUAAUCAACAAUAUAACUUUUUGUAUGUAUGUGAAUAAUGUUUGUGCUGUGGUUUUCCAGUUUAGAUCUCAGACUCUGUGUUGAAACCCUUCAAAACCUUUUUCUGAUCCCCCUAAUCCACUCUCAGCCCAACAACACCACACACACAUGGUUCCAUUGUUCUGACUUCUGAAUCUGGCUUACUGUCCUCUCAGUGCAAGUACAUGCUUUUUGUAGUAUUCAGUUUGUUUUAAAUCAUAAUAUGCCUUUUGUAUAAGCCAUUUUAUACCUUACAAGAUGUGAGCUAUGCCAGUUAUAACCUAUUUUUUUCUGAAUACUUUCAUAGAUGUUGUAUUUAAAUAUGGGAUAAAAUAAGAAUCAAUACCACGGGCAGUUUGUGAUAUUUGUAAUGGCUUUGGCUUUUACCCUGAGCCCUGUCACAAGGGCCGUCCUACUGUACUGCUGGAGCGGGAAGACUGCGUAACCCCAGCAACUGUGUCCCAUGAUUUCCCCUUGUGCACAUUUGCCCAGCUGGCACCGUGCAUAACAAACACACAUACUCCCAAAGGAUCCAAACAUUAACUAAAUUGUUUUUAUGUCAACAGAGAAAAAAUACAUGUGAACCAAAGUAGAUUUGUUACAGAUUCAGCCCCUUCAAGAUGCAUAUUGCAUCUGUGUUAUUCGAAAAAAAAUAAAGGUUUUUUUGCGCUAAACUGAA